AUGCGUCCCGAAGUCGAGCAAGAGCUCGCCCACACGCUCCUCGUCGAGCUUCUGGCAUACCAGUUCGCCUCUCCCGUGAGGUGGAUUGAGACCCAGGAUGUCUUCCUGGCAGAGAGAACAGCCGAGCGCAUCGUCGAAGUCGGCCCCGCAGAUACCCUUGGAGUCAUGGCAAAGCGCACACUGGCAUCCAAGUAUGAGGCCUACGACGCCGCCAAGUCGGUUCAGCGACAGAUCCUCUGCUACAACAAAGACGCCAAGGAGAUCUACUAUGAUGUAGACCCCGUUGAGGAAGAGCCCGAGCCUGUUGCCAGCUCAUCCGCUGCUCCCUCAAGUCAACCCGCUGCUGCCAGCGCUCCUGCGGCUGCUGCGCCAGUUGCUGCCGCUCCCGCAGCCGGCGCUGGACCUGCAGCUCAGGUUCCCGAUGUGCCUGUCCAGGCUGUCGAGAUUGUGCACACCUUGGUUGCACAGAAGCUCAAGAAGUCUCUAGCUGAUGUGCCCCUUAGCAAGGCCAUCAAGGAUCUGGUUGGAGGCAAAUCCACUCUCCAAAAUGAGAUUCUCGGUGAUCUUGGAAAAGAAUUCGGCUCAACGCCUGAGAAGCCCGAAGAUACGCCUCUCGACGAGCUCGCCGCCUCUAUGCAGGCUACCUUCGAUGGCAACCUUGGCAAGCACACAGUAUCCCUCAUCGCCAGGCUCAUCUCCUCCAAGAUGCCUGGUGGCUUCAACAUCACAGUGGCCAGGAAAUAUCUGGAAACAAGAUGGGGUCUCGGUCCCGGUAGGCAAGACGGAGCAUUGCUGCUGGCCUUGACCAUGGAGCCUGCUGCCCGUCUAGGAAACGACGGUGAGGCCAAGGGAUUCCUCGACGGAAUCGUCCAGAAAUACGCCGCGAGCGCCGGUAUCAGCUUGACAUCUGCAGCUGCCUCCGGUGGCUCUGAAGGAGGUGCGGGAGGCAUGAUGAUGGAUCCCGCCGCCAUUGAUGCUCUCACCAAGGACCAGCGCGCCCUGUUCAAGCAGCAGUUGGAGCUCUUUGCCAGAUACCUCAAGAUGGACCUCCGGGCCGGCGACAAGGCGCACAUUGACUCCCAGAAAUCAGAAAAGGUCCUCCAAGCUCAGCUGGAUCUGUGGACCGCCGAGCACGGCGAUUUCUACGCUUCUGGUAUCGAGCCUGUCUUUAGCCCGCUCAAGGCUAGAUCCUACGACUCCUCCUGGAACUGGGCUCGUCAGGAUGCGCUCACCAUGUUCUACGACAUCAUCUUCGGCAGACUCAAGACCGUCGACCGUGAAAUUGUCAGCCAGUGCAUUCGCAUCAUGAACAAGUCAAAUCCCAAGCUCCUCGAGUUUAUGCAGUACCACAUUGACAACUGUCCUACUGAGCGCGGUGAGACCUACCAGCUGGCCAAGGAACUUGGUCAGCAGCUCAUUGAGAACUGCAAGGACGUCCUGAACCUUUCUCCCGUCUACAAGGACGUUGCUGUCCCCACUGGUCCUCGCACCACCGUGGACGCUCGUGGCAACCUCAACUACGAAGAGAUUCCCCGCGCCAGCUGCAGAAAGCUCGAGCACUACGUUCAGCAGAUGGCUGAGGGUGGAAAGAUUUCCGAGUAUGGCAACCGCACCAAGGUGCAAAACGACCUGCAGCGUAUCUACAAGUUGAUCAAGCAGCAGCACAAGAUUUCCAAGACUUCUCAGCUCGAGAUCAAGAGCCUGUACGGCGAUGUUCUGCGCUCUUUGGCCAUGAACGAGAGCCAGAUUCUCCCCAAGGAGAAUGGCAAGGGCCGAAAGCCGGGUCUCAAGGGCACAAACCCCAACAAGGGCCGAGUCGAGACCAUCCCCUUCCUCCACCUCAAGAGAAAGACCCUGCACGGCUGGGACUACAGCAAGAAGCUCACUGCUGUCUACCUCAACUGUCUCGAGGAAGCCGCCAAGGAUGGUGUCACCUUCCAGGACAAGCAUGUCCUGAUGACUGGUGCCGGUGCCGGUUCCAUCGGUGCCGAGGUCCUGCAGGGCCUCAUCAGUGGAGGUGCCAAGGUUGUGGUUACCACUAGCCGAUUCUCUCGACAGGUGACCGAGUACUACCAGUCCAUGUACAGCCGCUUUGGCUCUCGCGGAUCGCAAAUCGUUGUCGUUCCCUUCAACCAAGGAAGCAAGCAGGAUGUGGAGGCUCUUGUCAACUACAUCUACGAUGCCAAGACCGGUCUCGGCUGGGAUCUCGACUUCAUCGUUCCCUUCGCUGCCAUCCCUGAGAACGGCCGACAGAUUGAUAGCAUCGAUUCCAAGUCGGAGCUGGCUCACCGUAUUAUGCUCACCAACUUGAUCCGCAUGCUUGGCUGCGUCAAGACUCAGAAGGCUGAGCGUGGCUUUGAGACCCGUCCCGCCCAGGUCGUUCUCCCUCUGUCCCCCAACCACGGUACCUUCGGUAACGAUGGUCUCUACUCCGAGUCCAAGCUGGCUCUUGAGACCCUCUUCAACCGAUGGCACUCCGAGGACUGGGGCCACUACCUCACCAUUUGCGGUGCUGUCAUCGGAUGGACUCGUGGUACUGGUCUCAUGUCUGGCAACAACGUUGUUGCUGAGGGUGUGGAGGCGUUCGGCGUGCGAACCUUCUCCCAGCAAGAGAUGGCCUUCAACUUGUUGGGCCUGAUGUCAGCUACUAUUGUUGAUCUCUGCCAGUCAGAGCCCGUCUUUGCCGACUUGAACGGUGGCCUGCAAUUCAUCCCCAACCUGAACGAGUCCAUGACCAAGCUCCGCAAGGAUAUCAUGGAGACUAGCGAAAUCCGCAGAGCAGUUACCAAGGAGAGCGCUAUCGAGAACACCAUUGUUAACGGAGCCGACUCCGAGGUACUUUACAAGAAGAAGACCAUCGAGCCCCGUGCCAACAUCAAGUGUGACUUCCCUCACCUGCCUGACUGGAAGACGGAGGUGGCCCCUCUCAACGACCAGCUGAAGGGCAUGGUUGACUUGGAGAAGGUCAUUGUCGUGACCGGUUUUGCGGAAGUUGGUCCCUGGGGUAACUCCCGAACUCGAUGGGAGAUGGAGGCCUACGGCGAGUUUUCGCUCGAAGGUUGCAUUGAAAUGGCCUGGAUCAUGGGCCUUAUCAAGAACCAUAAUGGUCCCCUCAAGGGCAAGCCUUACGCUGGCUGGGUUGAUGCCAAGACUGGCGAGCCCGUCGAUGACAAGGAUGUCAAGCAGAAGUACGAGAAACACAUUCUGGAGCACUCCGGUAUUCGUUUGAUCGAGCCCGAGCUUUUCGACGGAUAUGACCCCAACAAGAAGCAGCUGCUCCACGAGGUCGUCAUUCAAGAGGACCUGGAGCCUUUCGAGGCUUCCAAGGAGACUGCAGAGGAAUUCCGACGCGAGCACGGUGACAAGGUGGAGAUCUUCGAGAUCCCCGAGAGUGGAGAGUACAUUGUCCGGGUGAAGAAGGGCGCCUCGCUCUGGAUCCCCAAGGCUCUGCGCUUUGACAGACUCGUCGCUGGUCAGAUCCCGACUGGCUGGGAUCCCAAGCGAUAUGGUGUCCCCGAGGACAUCAUCAGCCAGGUGGACCCUGUCACCCUGUUCCUUCUCGUGUCGACUGCCGAAGCUCUCCUGUCGUCUGGUAUCACCGACCCCUAUGAGUUCUACAAGUACGUUCACGUCUCUGAGGUUGGUAACAUUGUUGGCUCUGGUAUGGGUGGUGCUGCGGCCCUUCGUGGCAUGCACAAGGCCCGAUUCCUCGACAAGCCUCUUCAGAACGACAUCUUGCAGGAGUCUUUCAUCAACACCAUGGCUGCAUGGGUCAACAUGUUGCUGCUCUCUUCGUCUGGACCUAUCAAGACGCCUGUCGGCGCUUGUGCGACUGCUAUUGAGUCUGUCGACAUUGGUGUGGAGACUAUUCUCGAAGGCAAGGCACGUAUCUGUCUUGUCGGUGGUUUCGACGACUUUGGUGAGGAAGGCUCUUAUGAGUUCGCCAACAUGAAGGCCACCAGCAACAGUGUGGAUGAGUUUGCCCAUGGCCGUACACCCGGUGAAAUGUCACGACCUACUACCACUACCCGAAACGGCUUCAUGGAGUCUCAGGGAUGCGGUGUCCAGGUCAUCAUGACUGCCCAGCUCGCUCUGGACAUGGGUGUCCCGAUCCACGGUAUCCUUGCCUUUACCACCACCGCUUCCGACAAGAUUGGACGAUCCGUCCCUGCGCCUGGCAAGGGUGUCCUCACUUCUGCCCGAGAGCAUGCUGGCAAGUUCCCAUCGCCGCUGCUUGAUAUCAACUACCGCCGCCGACAGAUUGAGCGCCGCAAAAAGCUGAUCAAGCAGUGGGAGGAGUCUGAGUUGGAGUUCCUGCACGAUGAGGUUGAUGCCAUGAAGGCCCAGGGCGGUAAAUUCGACGAGAAGGAGUACGCUCAGGACCGCAUGCUGCACAUCCAGAAGGAGGCCGCAAGACAAACAAAGGAGCUCCUCCGAAGCAUGGGUAACAACUUCUGGAAGAGUGACCCAAGCAUCGCUCCUCUCCGAGGUGCCCUUGCAACCUGGGGUCUUACCAUUGAUGAUGUCAAGGUGGCCUCGUUCCACGGCACAUCCACUGGCGCCAACGACAAGAACGAGUCUGCGGCCAUCUGCCAGCAGCUGCGUCACCUUGGCCGAAGCGAGGGCAAUGCCAUUAUGGGUGUCUUCCAAAAGUUCCUUACUGGUCACCCCAAGGGUGCUGCCGGUGCUUGGAUGUUGAACGGCGGCCUCCAGAUCCUCAACUCUGGAUUGGUCCCUGGUAACAGAAACGCCGACAACAUUGACCCCAUCAUGGAGCAAUACGACCUGAUUGUCUACCCCAGCCGUAGCAUCCAGACUGACGGAGUCAAGGCUUUCUCCCUGACCUCUUUCGGUUUCGGACAGAAGGGAGCCCAGGCAGUCGGCGUUCACCCCAAGUACCUGUUCGCUACUCUCGACGAGAAGACUUACGAUGCGUACCGCGUCAAGGUCGAGGCCCGACAGAAGAAGGCCUACCGCUACUUCCACAACGGAAUGAUCAGCAACACCCUGUUUGUCUCCAAGGCCAACGCGCCUUACAGCGAUGACCAGCUCAGCGCUGUGCUGCUGAACCCCGAUGCUCGUGUGAGCGAGGAUAAGAAGACGGCGGAGCUUAAGUAUGCCGCCAACUUCAUGAAGCAGUCUGAGAAGAUCACUCCCGCGACCACCGUCAAGGAGACUCAGCAGGUCAUCGAAGCGCUUGCGCACAAGGUGACGAGCAAGAACAGCAACGUCGGCGUUGAUGUGGAGGAUAUUCCAUCCUUCAACAUUGAUAAUGACACGUUCAUUGAGCGCAACUUCACCGCCGAAGAAGUGGCCUAUUGCAAGACUGCCCCUAGCCCGCAGAGCUCAUUUGCCGGCCGAUGGAGUGCCAAGGAAGCUGUAUUCAAGGCUCUUGGUGUUGCCAGCAAGGGAGCUGGCGCUGCCUUGAAGGACAUUGAGAUUCUCAAGGACGACACUGGCGCGCCUGUUGUUACUCUACAUGGUGAAGCCGCCGCUGCUGCCAAGCAGGCUGGUGUCAAGGAGGUCUCGGUCUCCAUUUCACACGCCGACAAGCAGGCCGUUGCCGUAGCUGUUGCCCAUUUCUAA